AUUAAUGUGUGUGUGUUACAGCAUGCAGUGGAAGCCGUAUGGAAGGCGGUGGAGGACAUGCUGACUCCAGAACAGCCACCUGAAGCUAGACAUGCUGUCCUGCUGCUCCUCAGAGCUGUCAUACAGGGACAGGGUGAGCGUCUGGGUCCUCUGCGGGCCUUCUUCUUCAAGGUGAUCAGAGACUACCAGCCGUCCAAUGAGGACCUGUCUGACAGGCUGGAGGUGUUCAAGGCCCUGACGGAGAACGGGAAGGACAUCACGUACCUGGAGGAGGACAUAGCUGGGUUUGUCCUGCUGUGGAUGGACAUUGGUCUGACCGCUGACUUCCUCCACGUCCUGGUCAACCUGGUCAAGUUCAACAGCUGCUACCUCGACCAGAACGUAUCCGUCAUGGUCCAGAAGAUCUGUCUGCUGUGUAACCGGACAACAGCCUCGACAGACAUUGAGAUGGCUCUACAGGUGCUGGAUGCGGUGGUGUGUUAUAACUGCCUCCCCUCUGACUCCCUCACCGUCUUCAUCAUCACUCUCUGUCGCACCGUCAACGUCAAGGAGUUCUGUGAGUCCUGCUGGAAGUUGAUGAGGAAGGUGUUGGGGACUCAUCUGGGCCAUAGUGCCAUAUACACCAUGUGCCGUAUCAUGGAGGAGAGGGCGUAUAUGGAGGAUUCUCCAUUGCUGAGAGGAGCAGUGUUCUUUGUAGGGAUGGCUCUAUGGGGGGCGCACCGUCUCCCAGCCUUAAAGAACACCCCUACCCUGGUCCUCCCAUCAUUCUAUAAGGCGAUGUGGUGUGCCAACGAGAUGGUGUCGUAUGAGAUCGUUCUGUCCAUCACCAGACUGAUAAAGAAGUAUGGCAAGGAACUCCAGGUGGUCACAUGGGACAUACUGCUGGGGAUCAUAGAGAGGUUACUACAGCAGAUUCAGUCUAUAGGCAGUGCAGAGCUGAAGUCCAUAGUGUUUGAGUUGCUGACUACAGUGGAGGAGCUCUAUGAGCAGAACGGCUUCCAUGGAUCAUCUGACAAGUUCUUCAGUCUGGUGGAGAAGUGUGCUGACAAAAGACCUGAUGCGUCGGUGCUGACUCUGAUAUCGUACCGGGCCCAGUCCAUCCAGCCAGCUAAAGAUGGGUGGAUCCAGAGCCUACACCGCCUUAUGGAGAAGUUCUUUAGGAAUGAGAGUCGUAGUGUGAUCAGGAUCAAAGUGCUUCACAUCCUCUCCUUUGUCCUCAGCACCAACCGCCAGCUCUACGAGGAGGAGCUGAUUGAGGUGGUGGUUCCUCAGCUCAGUGGGAUAGCAGAGGACAGAGACCUGGCUGUGAGGAGACAGGCUACCCAGCUACUGGUGGACCUGGCUGAGAGCUGUAGUACACACCACUUCACCAGCCUCCUGGACAUCAUUCAGAGGGUGGCGAGUCGUUCGCUGGUGUGCCCAGGGCCCCUGGAGGUGUCGGAGAGAGACCCCACGGCAGAAUCCCCCAUGGAGGAUGUCAGGACGGCUAUACGAGGCCUACUGGAGAUACUGCAGAGUAAGCUGUACAGCCUGCCAGCCAGCCACGCUAGUCGAGUGUACGAGAUGCUGAUCGGACACCUGCAGCUGCACUACAAGAGCAAGUACAGCUCCACUGUGGCCUGCAGCAUACGACUACAGGUGUUUGACUUCCUCCUGAUGAUGAGAACUGACUCCCUCCAUCGUCUGGGGUUCCUCAGUAAAGACGGGGUUCUGAGGUUCAGUCCGUACUGCCACUGUGACACGGGGGAGCCAGAGAAACGAGGGAGUGAGAAGAAGCCUGCAGGCUCAGUGUCUCCCCCUGUGGGCAGUCCUGCCCCCUCCUCCUCCACCACCACUACUCCCUCCUCCUCCUCCACCACCACUACUCCCUCCUCCUCCUCCAUCCGUACAGCCUGCCUGCCCUACUCACCUGCCUUUAAUGUGCUGCUACAGUGCCUGCAGAUGGAGACAGACUGGAAGGUGUUGAAGCUGGUACUAGACAAGAUGCCCUGGACCCUGCAGUAUAAAGUCCUGCUGCUGUCCUCUCCCUGCAGCAUAGACCAUCUCUGUUCUACACUCUGUUCUAUGGUGACAGACCGUCUUAUCUCAGAGCGUCUGAAGAAGACUCCAGAUGGUUUCAGUCGUACUGAUGUCCAGCUGGCUGUAGUACCUGUUCUCACUGCUAUCACAUCAUACCACAACUACCUAGAACAGGCCAGACAGAGGGAGUUGGUUCAGUGUCUGGAAGCAGGGCUGAUAUACCGCUGUGCCAAGCAGUGUGUGGUUGCCCUGACAAUGUGCACCGUGGAGAUGCCUGACAUCAUGAUUAAACUCCUCCCCGCACUCAUCGUCAAGCUGACUCACAUCUCGGCAACCGUCGCCAUGGCGUCGCCCAUGCUGGAAUUCCUGUCCACUCUGGUGCGGCUGCCACAUCUCUAUGCUUACUUUGUAGCAGAGCAGUACGUCAGUGUGUUCGCCAUCUCCCUGCCCUACACCAACCCCUCCAAGUUUAACCAGUACAUUGUGUCGUUGGCUCACCAUGUCAUCUCAUGGUUUAUCCGCUGCCGACUCACCUUCAGAAAGGACUUUGUGCAGUACAUCACCAAGGGUCUGCGCUCUAAUGCUCUGAUGCCGUUCGAUGACACCCAGGACACUCAGAGCAGCUUCCGUGCUCGCAGCACCAGCCUCAAUGAGAGGCCCAAGAGUCUACGGGCAGCCAAAAUGCGAAGGCCCACCAGCAGCAGCAGCAGGUGUCAAUGGCAGCGGGCGUCGCGGCGAGUUCCCGGCUCUCCCGUUGCCAGGGAAAGAGCUGAGGAGAUCUCGUCGGCCAUGGACGCAUUCCCGUUUUGCUCCUCUGAAGCAUCAGCGUCUCCGAAGCACGCGCAGUGCGCAG